GCAGUGGUGAGGGACAUGGCCAGAAGACAGCUGCUCUGCUCUCUGCUGCUGUGUGUCAUCACUCAGGUGUGCUGCCAACCUUGUGUGGGGCCCUGUCAGUGCCCUCCCAGCAUGCCGCGCUGCCCGGCGGGGGUCCCCCUGGUGUCAGACGGCUGUGGGUGCUGCAGGCUGUGCGCCCGGCAGGAGGGUGAGGCCUGUGGCCCCCGGCGGCCCUGUGAUGCCUCCCGGGGCCUGCAGUGUGACCUCAGCGCCAGCUUCCCUGGGGAGCCGGGACAGUGUGUCGGUGAAAACCAGCUGGGCUGUGAGCUGGAUGGCAGGAGGCUGGAGGAGGGGGAGGUGUUUCAACCGUCCUGUGACCAGCUGUGCCACUGCAUGGGUGGGGGGGUGACCUGUGUGCCCCUGUGCAACGAGGAUCUGCAGAGGCCUGCUGAGGGGUGCCCCCGCCCUCAGCUGCUCAGACUGCCAGGCCGCUGCUGCAGGGAGUGGGUGUGUGAGGGCCGGGACAACAGCAUCGUCCCCAACCCCCCUGCAGCAGAUGAGCCGGUGGGUGGGCUGUAUGGCCCGUCGUUUGGCUCCAUCUCCAACUGCAUCCACUGGAGCUCAGACUGGAGCCCCUGCUCCCACAACUGUGGCCCCGGGGUCUCCACCCGGAGCACCAAUAGGAACUGGGCCUGCCGCCUGCAGACUGAGGCCAGACUGUGCCAGGUCCGGCCCUGCCAGACUCUGCUGGGGCUCCGCAGGCUGCAGCCGGGUCCGGGGGGGUGUGAGAGCAGCUACAGUUCCCCUCUGCCGGACCAACUGGAGCACCAGGGCUGCAGGAGCACCGGAGCCCACCGGCCCCGCUACUGCCCCCCCAGCUGCAGCCCCUCCCUCACCAGGACCGUGCGGAUGGUUUUCCGUUGUCCCCAGAACAGGCUGACCCUGCAGCAGGUGAUGGUGAUCGAGUCCUGCUCCUGCAGCCCCUCCCCCUGCCGCCGCCGCCCCCCUCACCGCAGGCCGCGCUGCCCUGCCCUGGCUAUGGGCUGCAUCUGAGGAAAGGGACUCAACACACA